UAUCCAAAACUCCAAUGGUGUGAUGAGGCGAAACGUAACGUAACGCCUAAGAUGUGCGCGGGAAAAGAGUCAAAAAAGACAGUAGCCGUUGGAUGUAGAGUAAAUGGAGGGUUCAGAUUGAUUGCUUAACAGGUAAUGAUUGUAGGACCCACGGAGAGGUGAGAAAGAUCACGUUAAAAGAUGCUAUAGAAUAUUCCGAAAGAUGCUAUAAAAAAUAAUCAGAGCUCAUCAGCAGCUUCACUCGCCGCAUAUUUCAACUGAUUAUCACCGUCGAAGAGAAGAGAUGAGCACCACUCAGAUAUCGGAGAUUGAACAGGAGCAGCUGAUAGAGAAGCUUGAGAUCUUCAAGAUCCAUGGCAGAGACAAACGAGGACGUAAGAUCCUUCGGAUCAUCGGCAAGUUCUUUCCAGCUCGGCUUCUAUCACUGGAUGUGUUGAAGAAGUAUCUUGAGGAGAAGAUCUUUCCUCGAUUAGGGAGAAAACCUUUCGCCGUUCUCUACGUUCACACCGGCGUACAGAGGAGCGAGAAUUUCCCGGGAAUCUCAGCUCUACGGGCGAUCUACGACGCGAUUCCGGUUAACGUAAGAGACAAUAAUCUCCAGGAGGUUUACUUCCUCCACCCAGGCCUUCAAUCACGUCUCUUCCUCGCCACUUGCGGACGAUUCCUCUUCUCCGGCGGGUUGUACGGGAAGCUAAGGUACAUAAGCAGAGUUGAGUACUUGUGGGAACACGUGAGGAGGAACGAGAUAGAGAUGCCGGAGUUUGUGUACGAUCACGACGACGAUCUGGAGUAUCGUCCGAUGAUGGAUUACGGUCAAGAGAGCGAUCACGCUAGGGUUUACGCCGGAGCCGCCGUUGAUUCAUCAGUCUCCAGUUUCUCCAUGAGGUGUAUCUCUUAGCGCAGAUCACGGAUCGUGUAUUAAAAAACCAUAUAAUAUACGGUUAAGAAAAUAUUAAAUAUAGAUGUGCUUUUCGAAGUCAGUGAGCGCUUUUCACGGAAAAGAAUAGACAGCUGUUGGCGUUUUGUAUUAGGAGAGGUUGUGAAUCUGUAGAUUUUUUUUUCUUCUUAAACCUGUGUUCUCUUUUGUUUUUAAUUACAUAUCGGUUUAUCUGGUUUA